AUGGGCUACACAUUAUGCGUGCUAGGGUGCGGCACGAUGGGCAUCGCCAUCCUCUCCGGCGUCGUGGACAGUCUGCAAUCCGUUACACGGACCAAGGGCGAACCAAAAUGGGAGUCGCAUACGCCCAGUACUCUGACGCCUCUGCAUACCCCGACACCGCUUGACGCUCUGGAGGCAUCGCUGCCCUCGCGGUACCUCGCAUGCGUGAAGCGGCCGGAGACCGCGAACGAGCUGAAGACGGUGUUUGGGUCCUUGGGUCAGCUCGGACGAGCGGUGGAGGUCAUCACAGACGAUAACGUCGCGGCCGCGAAACAAGCGGAUGUCGUGCUCUUAUGUUGCAAGCCACAAAUGGCGCAGUCGAUCCUUUGCGAAGAGGGUAUGAAAGAGGCGCUGGACGGCAAGCUCCUGAUCAGCAUCCUCGCCGGCGUUACCAUCUCCCAAAUGCUGGCCUGGGUCUUGCCCUCGACGAAGGUCAUCCGGGCCAUGCCCAAUACACCGUGCAAAAUUCGAGAGGGUAUGACCGUCGUCAGCACCCUCCCCGCGACGGCAGAUAGCGAGAUCGACCGGGAGAUCAUCCUUAAGAUAUUCUCGUCCAUCGGCCGCUGCCGCUUCCUGGAGGAGAAGCACUUCGACGCGUGCACCGCGCUAUCCGGCUCCGGACCUGCGUUCGCCUGCAUCUUCCUGGAGGCGAUGGCGGACGGCGGCGUCAUGAUGGGCCUCCCUCGCGCGGAAGCUCUAGAGCUCGCGGCGCAGACUUUGCAGGGCGCUGCUCGCAUGUCGCUCCAACCAGGUGCUCAUCCGGCUCAGAUCAAGGACGCUGUGACCACUCCCGGAGGCUGCACCAUUGCGGGCUUGCUGACGCUCGAAGACGGAAAAGUCAGGUCGACCAUCGCGAGGGCGAUUCAAGUCGCCACGGAACGCGCCAGCGAGCUCGGUCAGCCGGGCAAGAAAUGA